AAAUUCAGCUCUGGUUAGGCUACGUGCGCUGCGGGGAAAGAAACUGGAGGGGGUGGAGAGAACGCUCGAGACUGCAAUAUCAUUUGUGAAUCGCUCUCACAGUGCCGCAGAUAGGGUCUGCAAACGCACGCGGCGCUUAUGCAGGUGAGGAACGGGUGCUUGGAUUGAGCAUGCCGGACAGCAGGAUUCUCUCGUAGGAUUUUACCGACAUCAUCCAGUAUCCACAUCGGAAUUACAAUUUUCCGUGGUUGUUUCAUUUUUGUGUCUAUCCCUGCGUUGUCAGGGGUUUUGUGCUGGGGAGUUUUUUUUCAUUCUCUCCCGACUGCCUGUAACUCUGCGAACUAUAAAGCACAGGCUGCUUGUUUUAAUUGAGUAGAGGUAGAGAAAUCAUAGCGCUCGGGUGCUCCUUGGACGGGCAACUGGCCACAUCAUUUGCAGCUUAUCCACCAAGGUAAGGGGGCAGAGCGGCUCCAUAAAGUACUGUAUCAUCACAACUUGGGGAAUCAGUGCGGACAUUUCAUUUCCACUAUUCUGUGUUCUAUUGGAAAUAUCCUUGGACAGAAAAUCGGGACUGUUUGCAUACAUGAAAAGGGAUUUUGAACAUUUACAUCGACUAUCUGUUUUGAAAUUGAAAUAAGAGAAGGUUUUGGACAUUUUUAGCAUUCUAAGAUAUUCGGAAUCCUAUUGAAUUUAUUACAUACGAUAUUACGGAACUGAACGGACGGUUUCGAACGUGUUUUGCCGAGACUGCGUAUUUUUUUUUAUUGAAAUAAGGAAAUAAACAUUACCGUAUUCCGUGCUGGGUAAAAGGAUUGAAGAGAGCCAGUGCGCUUACUUGCUUUCAUUCACUGCAGUUUUAGCGGUGUGUGAGGGUGCCCGGAGGAUGAAGUCUCGCCCGUCAUGAAAAGGAAGACUUCAGAUUAACCGAUAACGAAAAAUACCCCCCCCAUAAAAAAAAAAAAAAAAACGACAUCCCCAUUCGAUUGAAGGUUUACAGUCCAGUGAACACGCAGCGGGGAACAAUGAGGACUACUGGCGCAGUGGACUAUUUAUGCUACAGUAUAGUUAUCCUGCAGCUGCUGAAUCAGCCCGCUGCCAAGCAAGUGCUCCGAUAUCGGUUGGCCGAGGAGGGACCCGCGGAUGUCAAGAUAGGAAACGUAGCCGCAGACCUCGGGAUCGUCGCCGGGUCUGGCGAGGUGACAUUUACCCUCGAGUCCGGGUCAGACUUUUUUAAAAUAGACAACAUAACAGGCGAGCUGACCACCAAUGAAAGACGGAUAGACCGUGAAAAAUUACAGCAGUGCCAAAUGAUAUUCGAUGAAAACGAGUGUUUCAUAGAUUUUGAAGUGUCAGUAAUUGGACCAGCGCAGAGCUGGGUCGACCUGUUCGAGGGGAAAGUUAUAAUUUUGGACAUAAAUGAUAACACUCCUUCUUUUCCUUCUCCUGUGCUGACACUGUCUGUUGAGGAGAACAGACCAAUUGGCACUCUCUAUCUCCUGCCCACGGCCACCGACAGAGAUUUCGGUAGAAACGGAAUCGAGAGAUAUGAGCUUAUUCAGGACAGCGGGGAGAGCUCCAGGCGCCUGGGCUCGAGCUCAGUGGGACGCGGGGCGGACAGCAGGAGAUUCGACGAGGGGGCAGGCAGAAGCAGCGUAUUUGAACUGCAAGUUGCUGACACAACCGACGGGGAGAAACAGCCACAGCUCAUCAUUAAAGGAGCCCUGGACAGGGAGCAGAGGGACUCUUAUGAGCUCACCCUGCGUGUUAGAGAUGGCGGUGACCCCCCACGCUCUUCCCAGGCCAUCUUGAGGGUGAUGAUCACUGAUGUGAAUGACAACAGCCCCCGUUUUGAGAAGGCUGUGUAUGAGGCAGACUUGCCAGAGAACAGCUCCCCCGGCGCCCCCAUCUUGCAGCUGAAAGCAGCUGACGCGGACGUUGGGGUGAACGGGCAGAUUGAGUAUGUAUUUGGGGCGGCCACAGAGUCAGUGCGCAGGCUGCUGAGGCUGGACGAGAGCUCCGGUUGGCUGAGCGUGCUCCACCGCAUUGACCGCGAGGAGGUGAGCCAGUUGCGCUUCACAGUGAUGGCGAGGGACCGGGGUCAGCCGCCCAAAAUGGACAAGUCCACCGUGGUCCUGAACAUCAAGGACGAGAACGACAACGUGCCCGCCAUCGAGAUCCGUAAGAUCGGACGCAUCUUCCUGAAAGACGGCGUGGCCAAUGUGGCCGAGGACGUAGUCGUGGACACGCCGAUAGCCUUGGUGCAGGUUUCGGACCGCGACCAGGGCGAGAACGGCAUCGUGACCUGCACCGUGGUGGGUGAUGUGCCGUUCCAGCUCAAGCCGGCCAGCGAGAUUGAGGGUGAGAUGAAUAAGAAGAAAUACUUCCUGCAUACGUCGGCGCCGCUGGACUACGAGGCCACGCAGGAGUACAACGUGGUCAUAGUGGCGGUGGACUCGGGUAGCCCCAGUCUGGCCAGCAAUAACUCGCUCCUCGUAAAGGUGGGUGACUUCAACGACAACCCGCCCAUUUUCAGUCAGAAUGUGGUGGAGGUGUCCUUCCCCGAAAACAACGGCCCUGGCGAGAGGGUGCUCACUGUGCAGGCCAUUGACGCGGACAGUGGCAAGAACGCGGAGAUCGCCUACUCCCUGGAUCCUUCGGUUAAUGGGAUAUUCUCCAUUGACGCCGACAGUGGGGACAUUAGAGUGAACACCAUUUUGGACCGGGAGCAGAUGGAGAGGUAUGAAUUCAAAGUCAUAGCCAAAGAUAAAGGCAUGCCCAUUCUCCAGGGCUCGGCCACUGUUGUUGUCCGUGUGGCCGAUAAAAAUGACAACGAGCCAAAGUUCAUGCAGGAUGUGUUCACCUUCUACGUCAAAGAGAACCUCACGCCCAACAGCCCUGUUGGCAUGGUGACUGUCAUCGAUGCUGACAAGGGUGACAACGCGGAGAUGAGGCUCUGCGUCGAGGAGGAGGAGGAGGUCUUCUCCAUCGAGAACGACACAGGCACAAUUUUCUCCACCAUGUCGUUCGACCGGGAGCAGAAGACCACGUACACAUUCCGGGUCAAGGCUGUGGACGGUGGGGACCCAGCCAGAUCGGCCACCGCCACCGUUUCACUCUUCGUGAUGGACGAGAACGACAACCCGCCCACCGUCACCUUCCCCAUAAACAGCUCCUACACCCUCCUGCCUCCCUCCAGCAACGUCAGGACCGUAGUGCGAACCGUCAUGGCCACCGACGCGGACACGGGGAUCAACGCCGACCUGAACUACAGCAUCAUCGGUGGCAACCCCUUCAAGCUGUUUGACAUUGACGGUGGCAGCGGGGUCAUCUCGCUGGUGGGGAAGCUGGAGCAGAAACACUACGGCCUCCACCGACUGGUGGUCCAGGUGAACGACAGCGGCCAGCCCUCCCAGAGCACCACGACCCUUGUGCACGUGUACGUGAACGAGACCCUGUCCAACUCCACCGUCGUGGAAACCCAGGUGGCCAAGAGCCUCGGCACGCCGCUCAACACCAACAUAGCCGGAGACCCCAACUACGACCUGGGCAAGCAACGGCUGAGCAUAGCCAUCGGCGUGGUGUCAGGCAUCAUGACCGUCAUCCUGAUCAUCCUCAUCGUGGUCAUGGCGCGCUACUGCCGCCCGAAGAACAAGAACGGCUACGAGGCCGGCAAGAAGGACCACGAGGACUUCUUCACGCCGCAGCAGCACGACAAGAGCAAGAAGCCCAAGAAGGACAAGAAGAACAAGAAGUCCAAGCAGCCACUGUACAGCAGCAUCGUCACGGUGGAGGCCUCCAAGCCCAAUGGCCAGCGCUACGACGGCGUCAACGAGAAGCUCUCCGACAGCCCCGGGAUGGGCCGCUACCGGUCUGUUAAUGGAGGGCCUGGGAGCCCGGAUCUGGCCCGGCACUACAAAUCCAGCUCCCCACUGCCCACGGUCCAGCUCCACCCUCAGUCGCCAACGGCCGGGAAAAAACACCAGGCCGUUCAGGACCUGCCCCCCGCCAACACCUUCGUUGGCACCGGAGAUAACAUUUCCCUUGGAUCUGACCACUGCUCUGAGUACAGCAGUCAAACCAUCAACAAAUACAACAAGCAGCCGUUCCGUCGGGUGACCUUCUCGGUGGUGAGCCAGCCCCAAGACCCCCAUCAGCAGGGAUCGCUGCAGAGCUGCUACGACAGCGGGCUGGAGGAGUCGGAGACGCCCAGCAGCAAGAGUUCCUCGGGGGGCCCCAGGUUGGGCGCGCUGCCCCUGCCGGAGGACAGCUACGAGAGGACCACGCCGGAUGGCAGUGUCGGUGAGGCAGAGCAUAUGGAAAAUGACACCAGGCCCUUGCCCGACGUAGCCAUGACAGGCAAGUGCACCCGGGAAUGCGACGAGUACGGCCACUCUGACUCCUGCUGGAUGCCUGUGCGCACGUCGCCCGAGCGGAGGCCCAAGACGACCACCACCCAACCACCAAAGCUUUCCACCUUCAUGACCGGCGGGGGUAGCGGCAGCAGCGGCCCGGCCGAGCAGCAGCGGACCGGCGGCCAGGAAGCCCUGGCAGCGGUGGCAAACGGGGACCCCUCCUCCCACGUGAUGCUAGGCAACGACCGCAACCGCAACCUGCUCAACAAGAAGAUGGCCUCCUCCUCGUCCUCCUACGAAGCCUUCGGCUCGCCCAGCUUCAGUCCACCGGGGGUCGAGGAGGGGGUCGUGGUGGGUCACCCCACCGAGGAGAUCCCCCUGGCCCCCGCGGGGGAGUACAAGCCCUCGUCCUGUGGUACUCUCACCCGCCGGGAGGUAUACCUGUGAGGGGGGCGGUGGGGAGCUGUGCAAUGGUACACACGGUUCUGCCGGGCAAACAACAACAACAGUAGUAGGUUACCACGACAACAACGACACGUUUUUUUUUUUUUCCUGGACCGAACCGACCUUGGCUGAGCAGGGAUGUUCCGAGGAUAACCCUAUCGUAAGACUACGACCAAACCAUGCCAAGAGCCAAGACGUGACAACGAGGCUAAAAGCUACAUGGGUAGAAAUAGAAUCGCUUUUUUUAGAAUUGGAAUUCUGACCUUAUCCUUAGAGGGGAAGAAGAGGGUGGGGCUAUUUGGUGGGACAUCGGGCAACUGCUGCCGGCCGAGUCGGGCCAAUGGGAACAUUUCUGCUGCCUGAUAAUCACUGUACAAUUACCAACUAAUUUCCAUAAAGCGUGCAUGCAUUGUCCUGCCCCUGACCCCGCCUCCCAACGAGAAGACUGUACUGUACCUCCCUUUUGGUUCUUUUUCUAUAGCUGUACCUGUGGACCAGUUUCAGUGCGACAAUGAGAUGUGGCACUGAAGAUGGACUUUAUGCCUUUUUGGAGACGCAGUGACAUUCCCGCCCAGAUGCAAGAACCAUAAAGCUUACAGUACAUCCACACACACCCCCCCCCCCCCCCCCAC